UCUCUCUCUCUAACAAAAUAAAAAGGUAAUGAAUGGAAGUUUAUUUAUUGAAUUUCUCCCUCAGAAAGUCCUGUUCCAUUGUCUCUGAAUUCUAUUCCCUUCAUCUCUCUCUCUCUCUCUCUUUCUCUUGUGCCAUGACUUCUAACCUGCAAAUUGAUUGAUCUACGUUUCUUUUCCCAUAAACUGAUUGAUCCAGCUAUAUACACAUAUCUAAACCAAUCAAUCUUGUACAUAUUUGUAGAGAAAAGAGCAAAGAGACAAGUAUGCAAGCCAGGAAUCACUGGGGUGGUUCAUUUGAGAUAAACAAUAAUGAAGAAGCAUCAACAACAGAGAACACGGACUGGGACAGGGCAGCCCUCCACUCUCAGCAGCAAUACCGGUGUCUGGAUGAGACCCAGCAGAGCUGGCUGUUGGAGCCUCAGCAAACCAAGAAGAAGAACCAGUACGUGGACUUUGGUUGCAUCGUUUGUAGCCGCAAGGCCGUCAAGUGGACCCUCAUCUCAAUUUUCUUGGCGUUUCUUGUGAUCGGAGUUCCCAUCAUCAUCGCCAAGUCAUUGCCCAAGCACAAGCCUCGCCCUCCCCUUCCCGAUAAUUACACCCUUGCUCUUCACAAGGCACUUCUUUUCUUCAACGCCCAGAAAUCUGGUAAAUUGCCUAAGAACAAUGGCAUUUACUGGAGAGGAAAUUCAGGGCUAGAUGAUGGCAAAGAAGUGACGGACCUCAAGGGCGGACUGGUUGGAGGGUAUUACGAUGCUGGAGACAACAUAAAGUUCCAUUUUCCCAUGGCAUUUUCCAUGACAAUGCUUAGCUGGAGUCUUAUUGAAUAUAGCCAGAAAUACCAGUCCAUUGGUGAAUACGAUCACAUUCGAGACCUCAUCAAGUGGGGUACAGAUUAUUUGCUCUUAACCUUCAAUUCCUCAGCCACCAAAAUCGAUAAAAUAUACUGCCAGGUUGGCGGAGCUCUGAAUGGUUCAACAACACCAGAUGACCAUUACUGCUGGAUGAGACCAGAAGACAUGGACUAUAAACGGCCUGUCCAAAUUGCAUUUUCGGCGCCGGACCUAGCCGGAGAAAUGGCAGCAGCUUUAGCAGCAGCGUCAAUAGUAUUCCGUGACAAUGAUGAUUACUCCAGGAAGCUCAUUAAAGGUGCUCAAACUGUGUUUGCCUUUGCCAGGGAUGGAGGCAAACGAAGACCUUACUCUCGAGGGAAUCCUUACAUCGAACCCUAUUAUAAUUCCACUGGCUACUACGAUGAGUACAUGUGGGGUUCUGCCUGGUUGUACUAUGCCACCGGAAAUGUUAGCUAUAUUUCAUUGGCAACGAACCCGGGCUUGUCUAAGAACUCCAAGGCACUUUACGAUAUUCCAUCAAACAGGGUACUCAGCUGGGAUAACAAAUUACCAGCAGCCAUGUUGUUGUUAACAAGGUACAGGAUAUUUUUGAAUCCAGGCUACCCUUACGAGGACAUGUUGCAAAUGUAUCACAACGUCACGGCUCUCAACAUGUGUUCUUAUCUUAAAGAAUUCCAUUACUUUAACUGGACUCGAGGAGGAAUGAUCCAACUGAACUCUGGAAAGCCCCAGCCUCUUCAGUAUGUGGCUAAUGCUGCUUUCUUAGCAAAUCUCUUUGCUGAUUAUUUAAAUGCGACCGGUGUGCCGGGGUGGAAUUGUGGUUCUCAGUUUUUCCGAUCAGAGUCUCUUCGGGAUUUUGCAACCUCCCAGGUAGACUACAUUUUGGGUAAAAACCCCAUGAAAAUGAGCUAUGUGGUGGGAUACGGUCAAAAGUUCCCUACACAUGUUCAUCACCGUGGCACAUCAAUACCCCACAACAACAUCAAGUACUCAUGCACAGGCGGAUGGAAGUGGCGUGAUAUCCGAAAUGCCAAUCCUAACAACAUUACAGGAGCCAUGGUCGGCGGCCCUGAUCGCUUUGACAAUUUCAGAGAUGUUCGAACCAAUUAUAACUACACUGAGCCAACAAUGGCUGGUAACGCCGGAUUGAUAGCUGCACUUGCUUCUCUGACGAGCAGUGGUGGCCAGGGCAUUGACAAGAAUUCCAUCUUUUCCGCGGUUCCACCUCUCUAUCCUACAAGUCCGCCCCCCCCUGCUCCUUGGAGGCCAUAA